AUCGGUCGGACACAUAGUACAAUUGGAGUAACAUGCUAUAGUAGUAGUAGACCGCACCCCCGCUCCCUCAAAUUCUCCACGUAUUUACGUAGUACCACCGAGAUGAUCUCACUAGCAACAAUUUAACGUUUUACCUCCUCCCACAACAGCAAACAAUUUAUUGCUCUACCUGUUAGAGCUCGCAACUACCACAACUUCGCACUAGCACACCAUGGCAACUCAUAAUGCAGUCGUUACUGUUGGAUUGAAAGCACCACUCGAAAUCCGCCAAGUCCCUACGACACCUCCGACCAAAGGGGAAGUGCGAGUAAGAGUCGAGUGGACCGCUUCAACACCAUUGGAUCUUCACCAAAACGAUGGAGGUCUUCUUGUCAAGCAUCCCCAGAUCUUGGGUGACGGCACUGCUGGGACGGUCGUAGAAAUUGGACCGGGAGUAAAUAAUCUCAAAGUGGGAGAUAAGGUCUUCGGCUUCACGUUUCGUGAGCAGAAAGAGAAAGCGCACCAGGAAUUCUGCACUUCCCUGGAAACCAAUUUCGGAAAGGUUCCGGAAGGCUUCACGUUGCAGGAAGCGAUUACCCUCCCUAAUAACUUCGUUACCGUAUUCCACGCUGUCACCACUGAUUUUGAGCUACCACUUCCUUGGCCUAAGCCUGCCGGCUACGUCCCACCACAUUCCCAAGAUCCCAUCUUGAUAUGGGGAGGAUCUUCGUCGGUCGGACAGUUCGCACUCCAGAUUCUGAAGUACUAUGGCUAUCAAAAACUCAUCACGACAUCCUCGAAGCGUCAUCAUGAGUUCCUAAAGAGCCUCGGAGCAUCCGAAACCUUCGACUACAACGAUGCUGACGUGUCUUCUGCCAUUCUGAAUUCGGCUACGAAGGGCUCGUCCGGACCUGCCAUCUCAUUCAUUCUAGACUGCAUAGGAUCUCAGGACGGAAGCAUUCGACCUAUUGCUAAGAUUGCUCAAAAGGAUACUAAGGUCGCGAUUCUGCUACCAGUCGUCGUGAAAGACUCGAGCGAAACUACGGCACCCGAGUACUCCAUGGAUGUGCAAACGGCUGCCAAGUGGGAAGCCGGCGUGGACGUUCGUGGUGUCCGGACGCAUUUCUACGCGAACAACGAAUUCUUCCGCGACCAUUUGCAAACGGAGGUCAUGCCGACCAUGCUCAAGGAAGGUAUCGUGACCCCGAACAAACAACGUAUCAUCGAGGGUAAUACCUUGUUAGAAAGAGCACAGAAAGCGAUGGAUAUCAUGAGGAGGAAAGAGCAGAGUGGUGAGAGACUAGUUUGGCGAGUCUCGGAGUAAAACGGAGAGAAAUUUCUCUGUCCUUGAUGUUUCAAAUGUACAGAUAGAUGCUUCGUAAAUGCUAUUUGGCUGAUUGGGGUCCUGUUCCGUCUCCUCCCUCCUACAGCCGCGAAGGUUUCGAUUUUCUUGCUGUAUUG